CAUCAUGCAAAUGUAGCUAUAUUGUCUUUCCCGCCCGAUUGUUGUUACAUUUUAGGUGUUUUUCCGUAAAUAUUUCGGCCGCAGUCAACGGAAAACUCCGGAAAAAUAUCCAGAAUUUCCGGUGAAACUGCUCCGGUGGAGAUUUUCCGGUCCGUUUUUUGCUAGGAAGCAGACUGGAGACACAGGUUGUAACCAUGGAUACAGGUGUUCCAGCUGCAACCUCGCACCUGGGAGCCCACCUGCUGCAGUCGCUCAACAUACAGCGCCUGGAGGGACAGCUGUGUGAUGUCAACAUACAGGUUGGUGACCAGUCCUUCCCAGCUCACAAGGCCGUGCUGGCGUCCUACAGCGCUCACUUCCACACACUCUUCUGUAACCAGAGCGGCGGGGUCAUACCCUUUGACCUGGCCAUCAGUGACAUCACCCCCGACAGUUUCUCCCACAUCCUGGAGUUCAUGUACACGGGGAGGAUCCCCCCGGAGGAGCCGCAGCACUCAGACUUCAUCAGGGUGGCCAAGCUGUUUGAGAUGGAGACCAUACUGGACCUGGUCGUCAAGAUUCAGAUCAGCACCGCCGCGGAGGCUGGUUCAGGUGAUUCUAAGGUACUGAUUUUCAUCUGA